AUGGAACUCAUGGGGUACUGCCUUAAGACAUUCUUUACCUUCGAAGGGACCACAUACGAGGAGAUCAAGGGCACUUCAAUGGGUUCACCAAUCUCCGGACUCAUUGUCGAGGCGGUUCUACAAAAACUCGAGAGACGACUAUUCGAGGAGUACAAGCCCAAGUUUUGGGCACGCUACGUUGAUGACACCUUCGUACUCAUAGACCAGGAUAAAAUCAACUACUAUGCGGAAGUACUGAACUCAAUCAUGCCCGAUCUACAGUUCACGAUGGAAGAGGAAGUCGAGGACAAACUUCCAUUCUUGGAUGUUCUCAUCUGCCGCCAACCAAAUGGCGAACUAGCGACGUCGGUCUACAGAAAACUGACGAACACGCUGCAAAUUCUCAGCUACAACAGCAACCACCCGCCACAACACAAACGAAGCAGUGUCCGCACGCUGUACCGACGGGUGGAAACGCAUUGCAGCACGCCAGCCGCCAAACUGAAUGAGAUAAAGCUCCUCCGAGAACUUUUCAGAGCCAAUGGCUAUCCGCGAGCAUUCAUUGAACGAAGCCGGAGGCAGCCAAAGAAACGGAACGAGGGGCAUAGUCAGCCAAACUCGUGGCGGAGCAUUCCGUACAUUAAAGGGGUCUCCGAAGUCGUGGCUCGAUCACUCGCGCCACUCGGAAUAGGUGUUGCCCACAGGCCUGACUCGACAAUCCGCCGGCAAGUGAUGCGGCCGAAAGAUCCCAUCCCUAAGCAGGAGAUGUCGGCCGUUGUCUACCGACUUCAAUGCAGCUGCGGAAGUUGCAACUACGUUGGGGAAACCGGCCGACGGCUGCAAACGCGAAUGCACGAGCAUAAGUUGGCCGUGCGAAGGUUGGACCCAAAGUCGGAGGUAGCAACCCAUGCCGCGCAAAUGGGACACAUCUUCAACUUUGACGCCGUUGAGAUUGUGGGCCGGGGCAGCGAUCACACAGCAAGGCAAGUGCAAGAAGCCUGGAUGUCCACCGACCGCUCUGUCAACCGCUACAUCAAUUUGCCUCCCCCUUAUCUGACUUUACGAACCUUCUUAGCGGGGGACAGUCACGGCGCGGGACAAUCGGGGCCGUCAGUCAUCACCGCGGCCGACGGGGGCGAUUCAGGUCACGGUGACAUGCGGGUUGGAUGCAGCCACACAGGCGGCAUUGGCGGAUCACGCAUUGGACAAAGGGCGCCAUUAUAA